AUGAAAGGAAAAUAUAUUUCUAAACGUGAAAUUUCAAUUAUGAAGAAUAAUGACAUCUUAACUGGUCAUGAUAUAAAAGACAUCAAAAAUCCAACAUUGGUUAUAAAGGUGUUUUUCAAGAGUGGAUUUGAUUUUGCAAUUGGUGGGAAAUUACCCGGACUAUGGGGUGGCUCUAGAGAAUCAUGCAAGGGCUGUUCUGGCGAGGCACGCGAUUGUUUCUCAACCAGACUGAUGUGGCGAGCUGAUGGACAUUAUGAAGUCUAUGCAUAUAUUCCGUACAAUCAGGACGGCGGCUUUCAACACUGGUGUGAUCGUUAUGAACACGACCAUAAAAAAGUUAUAUGCCCAGCAAGAAAAUGCGGAGUAGAAAUCGGAAAGACAUCAACCGAUAAAUUUAAAUUCAUACCAGGCCAGUGGUAUAGAAUUCGACAAGAAGUGAACCUAGGACAUCCCAAUCAACAUGGCCGUGUAACACUCUGGGUUAAUGAUUUAAUGGUGGUUAAUAUGAACCUUGUUCUCCGUCAGUCAAGCAGUAUUCAUAUCGAUGGGAUGUUUUUCUCUACCUUCUAUGGCGGGAGUUCAAUAGAUUAUAGUAAACAUGGGGACACAUAUGCUUAUUUCAAAAAUUUCCGAAUCACCGACGAAAAGAAGCCAAUACAUCAUGGCGAAUUCUUCGUAGGAAAAUGA